CCAAACAGUGGGCACACCCACUGAUGCUGGUGUCUCUCUCCACGCUACAGUCAAGGUGCUAUUUUUCUGCAUAGAUUAUUUUGGGCUAGUACAACUUGUGCUUUUACAAUCUACAGUAGUAAUGUUGACCACCAUGUGCUGGCUACUGGUUGGAUGUUGUGGGCUCGCCUUUGUGAACCUCUCAGUGGCUUUAAACAGCACCCCACACGUCACCCAGAAGCCUCGUUUCUAUGGGGUGAAGACCAAUCGCAAUGUGACCAUAUUCUGUGUGGUAUCGGACCGAAACCAGUCUGCCACGGUGGAAUGGUACAAGGCCCCAGAAUACAACACCACGGGGAAGAAGAAGAUAGAGGGGGACCGUGUCACUGUGAGGCAGAAGUGCAUGUCACGAAACGCCUCGAUCGAACUCAGCCGUGUAGAGACGGAGGACACUGGAUUGUACUUUUGUCUGAUUAACAACAUCACCUGGGGGCCAGGGACAGAGCUACAAGUGUUCAGACCCUCUAACGCUGAAAAUGCAGAAAGGAGGAGCAAGCUGAAGGAUGCUUUGAUAUUUCUCCAGGCGUUACUCUUAACGCUGUUUGCUCUMGUCCCACUGCUACGCCACCAAUCCCUGUUGAAGAAGGAAGAUGCAAUUUAUGAGGAACCUGAACAUGAUCACAUCUAUGAGGGCUUGGAGAUCGAGCAUUGUGGUGGUCUGUAUGAGGACAUCUCAGCGUAUGCUCAGCCUGGGCCAGCAGAGGCUGCUGCAGCUUGGAAGCAGGAGUGAGCCGCAUCGGCGCUGAGAUGGGGACUGAGCUCUCCUGUCAUCCACUGCACCUCAAUGCCCAGCUGCCCCGUAUUCGUUAAGCGUUCAGAGUAGGAUUGCUGAUCUAUGAUCAGUUUUGCCUCAUAGAUGAAAAUGAAUAGACAAGGGGGACCUGAUCAAAGAUCUGCACCCCUACUCUGAGAUGCAAGAUGAAUACGGCCCUGCACUCAAAGGCCAAUGUCUCAUCCAUGGUGUUUCAGGACGUAUCUUAUGUUUAGUGAUUUGUCCAGAUGACCACUAUUUCUUUAUGUUAUAGAUCCAUCCAUAUGGUUACUGUCAUUUUAGAAUACAUGUCCGCGUGUUCUUUUCGAUACCUCCUAUAUAAGAUGCACGUAGAGGAACAGAUUGAUMAUUCAUGUUUCUAACAGCAUAUUUUUCUCUCAUCUCAAAUGUGUUCGUGUUUUCUUUUCAGUUGUGUUUGGUGUUUCUAUAAAAGGAGUUUUGAGUUGGUGCUACUAUUUCGAUUGUUAUAUAAUAGGGCGAAUGCGACAAAGUUAGUUAUUGUAAUGCUUGUCUAACGAGGCUUGUCCAUAGAAAGGCUUUCUCUUUUCAGCUUCUCCUGUUUCAGUUGUAAAUAGUCAACCUGAUCACACCCCUUCAAAUUGUAUCAAUGUGGGUGUUUUGUUAAGUGGACAUGUGGCCUGYAUAAAUAUGUAGGCCAUCCAUUGCUGAUUGCUAAUAAUGUUAUACUUUUGCCUGUUCUAUGAUAUGGCAGCAUUGUAAAGUGGACUUUGCCUUUCAUUUUUUUUCUUGUCUUUAGACAUUUGUCUAGAGCUGUCAUUUUUGCCAAAGCGUCACAAUGCCUGUUUUUAUUAAAACUAUUACUAUACCAUAAAACUAUUAAA